CACAACAAGCCAUGGCUCGAAAUAAUUCCCGACAGUCGUUUCAUCGUCUUCAACGGCAACGAGCAUGAAGCCCAAUCGGUAAAGCUCACAGGCAUGGUGCGCCUGCACACUCCAGAAGCGAUGAGCAUAUUAAAACCCAAGGUGCGAUUAGAAGGCAAGCGCAAGAUCAGUUGGUGGUAUAUGGGCGGCAUAUCUGCAGGCGAAGUCGUCGACAAAAGAGUAUUUUGGAACAUCGAGCAGAAGCUAGGGAUUGAGAGCGCACACAAAGUCAAGGCUGGCACAAUGGAAUGGCCAUUUGAAUUCGAGCUCGCGCCUGCUAUGCCCGAGAGUGUCGAAGGCUUGCGAGAAACGUACAUUGCAUAUCACCUCCACGCGAGCGUCUCACGUCCAGGUUGGAAUGCGAAAGAUGUCACCUGUCAGGAACACAUUCGCAUCGUUCGCACUUUGGGCCAGGAUAGUAUGGAGAUGACAAGGUCGCGAGUGAACGCCGACAUCUGGGCGAACAAGAUCUCAUAUUCGAUCAGUAUUCCAACCGAUGCUAUUGUCUUCGGUACCUCGAUCACCGCCGACGUAGGACUGUCGCCGAUUAAAAAAGGAUUGCGAUUGGGGAAAAUUGAGCUGCGUCUCAUGGAAACUGUGGUCAAACGAAUACAGGCGACCGAAGUGCCGGAUAUCAGAGGAGACAGGUCAAAGACGGAAGAAUCAGAAGUCGCCAAAGCGGACAUGGAGUUUCCGGAACACUCGAGAAUAAUAUACGACGACGAGACGCCGGAUAACCCAAUGAUGGCCGACGAAAUGUACAAAUUCAAGGCCACAUUACCCCUGCCCAAAUCCUUGAAUGUUUGCAGGCAAGACGUUGAUUCGCACAACAUCAACAUCACACAUCGAUUCAAGCUGAUGAUCAACAUUCACAACCCGGAAGGUCACAUCUCACAGCUCGUCUGUAGGCUGCCCGUAAAGUUAUUCAUCUCGCCCAACCUGCCGGUCGAUGAUGCGAAUGAAGUGUGCGCCAGCGUGCAUGGCGUAUCCGAUGAGCAACUCAAUUCGACGGAGACGGUAGUCGUGGCACCACCGGAGUAUGGACGACAUCAGCUCGAUCAAAUCUACAGCGAUAUCGAUCCUAGUGGAUUCAUGAGCAGAGCGGGAAGUGUGCCAGGAACGCCAGCUGGACUAAUGGCCCAGAGCCGAAGAGGAUCCCACGAGAAUGUAUUGUCGCUGAACGGGCUAGCUAAUGGCGAUCCUGCCGCACUGCACGGCAGUGCAAUGCCCAGUCUCUUGCAUUCGCGGCUGGCAGACCUCCAGGAUUCGAACGGUAAUGCUUCCAGAUCACAAGAUGCUUCUCGCAACCACAGUCCAUCAGGUGGCAAUAGUCCAGCGCCUGGAAUGAUGGACGAGAUCCAUCAGACAGAUUACAACAUGGAUGACCUUACUCGCGUGCCGUCUUAUGGUGCCGCUCUACGUACGCCAGGCGCUAUGACGCCUUUUGCGGAAGGCCCACCAUCAUAUCUCGAGGCGACCAGUCGACCGCCGAGC